UAAUGAGUUCAGCAGUAUGUUACAAACUAUUUCUUACGUCCAAAAGAAUCACUUAACUUAAUAUGAACAUGAAGAAUCUCUCAUCUCUUGCAAUCCUAUCUCUCUUGGCUUUAACACUUCCAUUAGCCAUUGCUUCGGACCCAAGCCCCCUUCAAGACUUUUGUAUCGGUGUCAAUAACCCAUCAAAUGCUCUGUUUGUGAAUGGAAAGUUCUGUAAGGACCCGAAGCUCUCAGGACUUGACAAAUCAAGAAGUACUGAAUCUAGUCCUGUUGGUUCUAACGUGACAACCGUGAAUGUUGAUCAGAUUCCAGGGUUAAACACUCUUGGAAUCUCACUUGUUCGUAUUGAUUAUGGAGUUAAUGGACAAAACCCGCCUCACACGCAUCCACGAGCUACCGAGAUCUUGCUUGUCCAAGAAGGCACUCUUUUGGUUGGAUUUUUCUCCUCAUCCCCGGAUAAUCGCCUUUUUAACAAAACGCUCAACAAAGGUGAUGUGUUUGUGUUUCCAGAGGGACUCAUUCAUUUCCAAGUGAACAUCGGGAAGCAACCAGCAGUUGCAUUGGCUGCUUUGAACAGCCAAAACCCUGGUGUGAUAGUAAUUAGUAACACCUUGUUUUGGUCUAGUCCACCAAUAGACCCUAAUGUCCUUGCAAAGUCGUUUCAGUUGGAUCCUAAAGUAAUCAUGGAUCUACAGAAAAAAAUUGGAUAGUGAAGUGAUGAAUUAAGAUAGUGUGCUUCUAAUGUAUUGGUUUCAUUUUUUUCCUACCUUUGUAUGUUCAUGUAUCAUGCGUUCAUCAAUAACGUUAUAUUAUGUUGGUCAUUAUGCGUU